CAGCAAAACAACAUCUUAAACCACCCUUACCAAAUUCUCUUCCCUGAGGGUAGCCACUAAAUCCCAUUUAGCUAGGCUACACCUCUCCUUUUCUCCUCUCAAUCUUAAUCAACUGCUCUUCCUAUGGCGGCUGGACUCUCCGCCGCGCCCGUCUUAAAGCCUCUGUGUUAUAUCAGAGCCUCCAAUCUUCGUCCAAAUCCUGUGUCCACUUCACUGCUCUUCCGUCAAUAUCACCGGAGCUUGUUUCUUGGUCGUGGUACGAGGAAAGCGACGAAUUUUGUAUGUUUUGUUCUUGAAGAUUCGAAACAGAGCGUUGGAAUUGAAGAGAAUGAGAAAGCAAGCUACCAGAUCGUGAAUCCUCGUGUUGCUGAAAGAUUAGCUAGAAAGAAAUCGGAGAGGUUUACUUAUUUGAUUGCUGCUGUUAUGUCUAGCUUUGGUAUUACUUCUAUGGCUGUUAUGGCUUGUUACUACAGAUUUUACUGGCAAAUGGAGGGCGGAGAAGUUCCUUUAGUUGAAAUGUUAGGUACAUUUUUACUGUCAGUUGGUGCUGCUGUGGGUAUGGAAUUUUGGGCAAGAUGGGCUCAUAAAGCUCUCUGGCAUGCUUCCUUAUGGCAUAUGCACGAGUCUCACCAUCGAGCACGAGAGGGUCCGUUCGAGCUGAACGAUGUAUUUGCAAUAACAAAUGCAGUACCAGCCAUCGGACUUCUGUAUUACGGUUUCUUUAACAAAGGCAUUUUUCCUGGUCUUUGUUUUGGUGCUGGACUUGGCAUUACAGUGUUUGGUAUGGCCUACAUGUUUGUCCACGAUGGUCUUGUUCACAGGAGAUUCCCAGUGGGUCCCAUUGCCAACGUGCCUUAUUUUAGAAAGGUCGCUGCUGCCCACCAGCUUCACCACACGGAUAAAUUUGAGGGGGUACCAUAUGGGUUGUUUAUGGGACCAAAGGAACUUGAAGAAGUUGGAGGCUUAGAAGAAUUGGAAAAAGAGAUUGAUCGGAGAAAAAAAUUAUACAGUUAAUGGUAGAUUAUGAUACAAUCAAAUUUUUGAAUAGUUUGUUGAAGUGUAGAAAAACAAAAUAGAUUGACUAUCAAUGAAAAUAGAGUUUCUUAUGUUAA